GGCAGGCUUGGAAGCCUCCCUUCCUUGAGGUAAGACUGACCUCUGACCUCAUUCUGUUCCUCAGCAAGUACACCAGGCGGAGGACAAGGCGGGUAGGGCAAGGCCAGGGACACAGCCUAUGGGACACAGGGCCAUAAGGUGCUAGUGGGGCAGCAGUGUCCCUACUCCUCAAGGGUAAAGUAUCUGUGGCAGAGCCUGGUCAAGUGACUAUAGCCAGGUGCUAGCCAGGCGAUUGGGUUCAUUUGAGCACCUGCUAGGUACUCAGGGAGGGGCAGGUGGCUCCAGGGGCCCCUACACAGUGCCCCAUUCCUGUGCACCAGGCUCCCUGGAUCCUGGACUCUGGAGGGGCUGCAGGUCCUGGGGCCUCUGGCCACUUACAUCAGCUCCCACCUGUGGAUGCAGGUGCAGCAGGCUGUGGGCCUGGACUUCUUCCGUAGCAUAGUGGCUGCAUGCCGGGCAAGGCGGCUCAGCCAGAGAGAUGCCAGGCGCUUCGUCACCAGUUUUCUGGAAUCCAAGACUAACUCUGUGUCCUCAAGGUCCAAGCGGGGUUCAGCACCCACAGGGAGGUCCUGUGUCCGCGGCAAUAUUACAGCAGCCACACUACAGGACGACCUCUUUCUGGUGCACUAUGACUGCGCCCAGCUUGAGUUCUGCCUGAGCAGCCACAUGGUCAAAACCAGCCUGGACCCCCUGCUGCAGCACCCACUGCCUGCUGAGUGCCAGCGUGUGGUCAAGGCCAAGCUUGCCCAGAUCUACCCCCGAGGCAUCCCUGAGGACCAGCUGAGGCUCAUCACCUCGCUCAUCUACCUCUACUCCGGCACUGAGAUUGGCCAGUGGAACAUAACGUCCAGGGACACUGUCGUGGUCCUGCUGGCCUCGGGUGUGGCCCUAGAGAACCAGACAGAGGCUGUCCUGCAGAAGUUCUUGGACCACAAUGGGACCGUCACCAGUGCUUUGCUAGUAGCCAUUGGGGGCUCCCGCCUCUGCUGGAUGAGUCCCCAACAGAUCCAGACAAUCCAGCCCUUGGAGUUCCGGCUGGCCGGGGCCCUGGACAUCUCCUCCUGCCCACAGACCCGGAAAGAUGUGCUCUAUGCCAAGGCCCGGGAAGCCUUCAGCAACACCAGGACCUCAGACGACUACUACCACUUCAUGCGCCCCUACCUGGGUGAGGCCCUGCCCUGCAUUUCCCCCAGGUAGUGCCUCUCCCCUAGGAGCCUCUGCUCCCUCACCCCUACCCUUGCAGGUGGUGCCCCCGUGGAGGAGCUGCAGCACCUGGCCCAGGCCAACAUCUCCAUGGACAUUGACACCUUUACCAACCUGAACCCCCAUGUGCUGCAGACCCUGAGUGUCGGCAAUGUGACCACGCUGCUGGGGCAGAAUGUGGGGGACCUGCGGAAGGCUCGCAGCCACCCCACUGUCAGCUCCUGGCUACACAGCCUCAACAGGUCAGCCCUGGGCAUGCUGGGCCUGGACACUGACCUUGCCAGCCCCGCCAGCCCAGCCCCUGAGACCAGUGGGUCCCCCAACACCACCUACCUGACACCUCAUGUCAUCCACACUGCUGGCCCGCCUGGAAAGGAUGCCAAGGCUCCCACAUCAGGCAGCACACUAGCCCCCAGCGGGUGCCUGCCGCUGGCUGUGGCCCUGCACUCUGGCCUCCUAUGGCUGUUGCAUCGACGCACUCUGGGCAUAACCACACCUGCUCGUGGGGCACCCACACCCUGGCAUCCCUGGAUGGUGCUGCCCGAAGGCAGGCAGGUCCACAGGCAUCACGUUCAGGGAACACAGGACCACAGGGUGGAGCUGGACCUCAGCUCAGGCUGAGGUUUGCGCCCACUCCCCUCCACUAGCUUCCAGGACCUGGAGUGGACUGAGGAUCAGGCCCCAGGAGGAGAUGGGACCCUCCUGGCCACAAGCUCAGCCUGGCCAGGGAGAAGCAGCCAGGGCCAACAUCCUUUUUUAGAAGAAAUGGGGCCAGGGCAGGGAUGUUGACACCACUGGCUUUGUGACAGAUAUGAAUAAAGUACAGGUGACCUUCCUGCCUGCAUCUGUGCUCUGGGCCCGAGCCCUGCACUGAGGCCCUCUUGGCCAGGGUCCAGCCUAUGCAGGACUCUUACCCUCUUCCCCCUGAAGCCACCUUAAGUGACA